UUUUUCACAACAAACAUAGCUCUUUUUUUUUUCUUCUUCUUCCUUUCGCAACAAUGGAAAACAAUGACAAAACUCCAAUCUCACCAAUCUCAGUCUCAAUCCCAUUUUCUUAUUCUCCAUCUUCUUCUUCUCCACUUCCUUCUCAAUAUUCACCAGGUUUUCCUUCCCCUAACUCUCAAUCUUCUCCUAACAAUUCUCUUCAACUCCCUGCACCGCCACCAGCUUCUCCUCCUCCUCCGGUUGUUCUCAGCCCUUGUGCCGCCUGCAAAAUCCUUCGCCGCCGCUGCGUCGAGAAGUGUGUUUUAGCCCCUUAUUUCCCUCCAACUGAGCCUUAUAAGUUCACCAUUGCUCAUAGAGUUUUUGGAGCGAGCAAUAUCAUCAAGUCGUUGCAGGAACUCCCCGAGUCCCAAAGAGCAGAUGCAGUAAGUAGCAUGGUGUAUGAAGCCAGUGCUCGAAUACGGGACCCGGUAUACGGCUGUGCCGGAACAAUCUGCCAGCUUCAAAAACAAGUCAGUGACCUCCAAGCACAACUGGCUAAGACACAAGCUGAGAUUGUGACCAUGCAAUGCCAACAAGCCAAUUUACUAGCCUUAAUCUGCAUGGAAAUGACACAAUCUAAAGAACCCAUUUCUCAGCUGCAACCUUACAGCAUUGACACCAGCUGUUUUCUAGAUGACAGCAAUCUUGCCUCUGCCUGGGAGCCUCUUUGGACAUGAAGAAUAAUUGUCAAAGACAUCAUAGAUGUUAAGGGGUAAAAAAUUAAAUGAAAGAUAUAUAUAUAUAUAUUUAUAUAUUUAUAGUUAGAGAAUUUUCAAUAAAGUCGAUUAGUUAUGGUAGAUAUGUGUCCCAAAUGCUUUUAAAUCAGUGUUGACCUAGGGGAACUUUGGAAAUUGAUUUCAGAUUGAGGGUUUUUUUUAAUAAUUUAUUAUUUGCAAUCUUAC